AUGACAAAAGUCGAAUACUCCGACCCUCGGCUGGUCCUAGCAGACGUGGCAGAAAUGUGUAGCAGACUCGAAAAGAGACUCGACACGGUCGAAGCAAAAGUGGAGGGGGAUUUCUCCAGGCUCGGAGCGAAAAUCGACGAGAAACUCGAUACACUUCAGCCGAAAUCCUAUUCCCGUACAGAAAAAUUUCACCUUCUUGACGGGAGCCUCCAACGCCAUGAUGCACACGUCACAGCUCUUGAGGCUCAACUCAGAGCUGUUCAGGCUACAAAUGAAGAUCUUGAGGCUAAAAAUAGAUCCCUCGAAGCUCUAAUUGCAGCCAAUGAAGAUCUAAUCGCAACUCAAGAAGCUUCAAUCGCCACUCAUGAAGCGCUUGCCGCAACUCGUGAGGCUCAAAUCGAAACUCAUGAAGAGCAGAUCGCAACUCAUGAAGAUCAAAUCGCAACUCAUGAAGAUGUAAUCGCAACUCAUGAAGCUCUGGUCGCAAUUUAUGAAGAUCAAAUCGCAGCUCAUAAAGAUGAAAACAAAGGACUUAAGCUGAUUAUACAAGAGGCCUUCAGACAUAUCGACAAAACUGUAGCCCAAUUGGAGAUGUAG